AUGGAACAGGAGACGCCCGUGAGGCCGACAAUUAUGGCUACGACUGAGUUAACAAAUUAUCGCGUCUAUCGUAUUCGAUGGCUUCAAUUGCUUGUCUACAUACUGGUGACUUUUUCCUAUUCAUUUCAUAGCAUGACAUUUGCUCCUAUUGAAUCAGAAACAGCCACCUUCUUUCAUAUUACAUCGGUACAAGUCAAUAGUUUGGCCAUUAUUUUUCUCUUUCUUUAUGUAUUGGGCUCGGCUCUGGCAAUAAUGGUAUAUCAGAUGUUUUCCAUGCGAACUGGAAUGAUCAUUGGAGCUCUCUUAAACGCAGGCGUAUGGAUUCGUUUACUCGCACUCAUCUCACCCAGUCGUGGAUACGCAGCUCUUUUAAUCGGUCAAUUUUUUCCGUCUAUAGCAGGACCUUUCUUCUUGAACUUGACCGCACAAUUCGCUACUAGAUGGUUUGCACCGCAACAGCGUGAUAUGGCAACGGCUUUAUGCUCUAUGGCCAAUCCAUUGGGUGCUGCUGUUGGUUCUCUUCUACCAUCGCUUGUUGUCACUGAUGGCUCAUCGUCGCGUCAAUUUUUUAUUCUUCUAACGAUUGAAGCUGCUUUCACUACAUUGACGACACUCUUACUUAUUCUCGUUAUUAGAUCGGAACCUCCAUCGCCACCGUCACCUUCAGAAGAGCAUCACCAAUCCAUCAAUAUCAAGGAAGACCUCAUACGUUUGCUCACCAAUCGUCACUAUGUUAUUCUUCUCUUUGGCUUUGCUCUCGGGCUGGCUAUGGCCAAUUCCAUUACCACUGUACUCUAUCAACUAAUUCAACCGAGUGGAUACUCGAGCGAAGAUGCAGGUAUAUUUGGCGCCACAUUGAUUGUGGCAGGUAUUUUCAGUUCCUGUGUAUCAGGUGUGAUAAUGGAUCGAACACAUGCCUAUCUAUUGAUGCUCAAGGUGUUACUCGUGGGUGUAUGUGGCUCGGCAGUCUUUUUCAUUGUCGUUCUUCGACCUCAUAUGUUUUAUCCACUUGCUGUUUCAGUCAGCCUCAUGGGUUUAUUCUUACUGCCACUAUUGCCCGUUUCUUUUGAGUGUGCUGUCGAAUGUACUUAUCCAGUACGUGCUGAAUGGUCCACUGGUUUACUCUUAUGUGCUGGUAAUGUAUUAGGCGCGAUUUUUAUCUUUACUCAUGGUUAUCUUAUCAAACUGGCACCAGUUUAUACAUUGAAUCAUAUAUUUACGCCUGCUUCCAUAUUCAUUGUUAUUAUAUUUUUUGUUAGUGCAUCGGCACUAUUUACCUACAAGGGGCCCUAUUUGAGAAUGGAGGCUGAACGUAUGACUAUACCAGAACCUUCUGUUAAUACGUAG